CGAACUCUUUUAGUCAAUUGUGUUAGGUCCUCAUUGUUCCUGGAGUUUAACAGGCAUUUUCAACUUCAGAAAAUUUCAAGAAUUGUCUUAAAAUGUUAUGAUCCCUUUUGUUUAAUGGAGUGGUAUUCGAAGAUGCCAACAGGGUCGGACUGGGAUGGUGUCGAGCUAAUUGAGCUCGCUCGGCAGGCAGGGACUUCGCUUCAAGAGAUUGAGACGAACAAAGACAUGGACAUAGCAUUUUUAUGUAAUGGUUUUGAAAGUGGAUCUUCUUCAGGAAGUCCUUUUGUAUCAGCAGGUUCUUUGCCUGUAAGCAAUAAAAUAGACGAAAAUUUUAUCGGGACAGAGAAGUUAAGUGGGAGCUCAGGUAAAUGGAUUAUUAGUUCAGAACUAGGAAAACAGAACGUGUAUGGAUCGGCAUCUUCAAUUGCUACAAAAAGAUCGAGGGUGUCUCAUCAGAAAAUGCAGAAUCCCAGCUGCCAAGUUGAAGGGUGCAAUCUUGAUCUCACAUUGGCAAAAAAUUAUCACCGGCGUCAUAGAAUCUGUGAAAACCAUUCCAAAAGCCCCAAGGUAAUUGUCGCUGGAAUAGAAAGGCGGUUUUGCCAACAAUGCAGCAGAUUCCAUGACUUGUCGGAGUUUGAUGAUAAAAAAAGAAGCUGUCGAAGGCGCCUCUCUGAUCACAAUGCCAGACGCCGUAGGCUGCAGCCUGAGUCGAUCCAUUUAAGCUCAGCAGGAUUGUCUUCUUUGUUAUAUGAGCGGACAUCACAGAAUGUGCUGUUUAAUGUACUCCCUAUCUCACAUUCAAAUCGAAAAGGGGAAAAUAUCUACAAUUCUAUGCUUACACAAGCCGAUGAUUCGCUCAUUAGGCCUUCAAAGACAAGAGAAACUUAUAGGAGACCGUGUUUACCUAACGAUGAGAUUCCAAGUGCCAUUUAUAGCCUACAUGUCGAGUCCGAGAGGUCAUUGUCCCUUCAGGGCACGAAUCCUCGGGCCCUAGAUCAAUUAGAUCUACAGAGUGCUUCCUCUCCUCUGUCAAUCGAUAAUCCUUGGAGUUUGAAUCGGCAUAAAUCCACUUCUAUGGAGGGCCUAAAGCUCGGAAACGCCAGUGUGGACAAUCCGAACUGGCCAUUUGUUCAAUCAGCAGCAGCAGAAGGGUCUUCUGUUUCUCUGGUGCAUUCGACUAAUUUAAAUCAUUCAGGCAGUUUUCUUUUGCAAGACUUUGAUUUAUUCAAGACACCAUAUGACUCAAGAUGAUUUCAUUUCAAUGAUCAAAGGAAUUUAUUAUUGGAAAUGUUUCAUCUCUAGGUUAUUUGCUCAUUUGUUUCAUUGUUUCCUUGCAUUGAAAUUGAAGUUUCGCGAAUUUCAAAUAGUUUACACUCGCCCUCGCCAUCUGAACUUUGAAGCCGUGUUCAAAUGUCCAGUGCAUGUUUGAUACGCUAUGUUGAACACAACUGAAUUUUUUCUUUCUUAAAGCCCAACCUUAUGUUACUUGAUAUGUAUCAUCCACUUUUAUCAAUUUAUAUGGAUCUUAUACCAA